AUAGAAUAUUUAUUUAUGGAUUAUUCAGUUUUCCUCAUCAGACAAUGGGUCUGAAGAAACACUUGAAUAUUAAUUGCUUUUUUUCGGUGGAAAUUAAGUCGAAAAUAUCAAACAAUUUUAUUUUGGAGGUCGCAAUUUUCUAUAGCAAUAGAUUUGUAUGCGGUUGAUCAGUAAUAGACUCGUAACACAUUUUAACGGCAACAGACUAGAUGCUUAAAACCGUAGAUAACCUAAUCGGAGUUGCAGCUGUUUCACUUACGAACCCUGCUAUCUCUCCUGUGGAUAAAUUAUUCAGCAAGUGGUACCCACAGCCAUAAUUAGGCUGGAUAAGACGGAGGUGACAAUAUUGGAUAAAGUUACAUCGUUAAUGAUUCAUUGCCUUAUGCAGAAAUCUCAAGCACCAAACGAAUUAUCAUCUGGUUACGUCAAUACUGUUCGUAAAGUAAUUUGUAAAACUGCAUUUUACAUCCAGUUACAGUAUGAAACCAUGUGUACCGAAGGAAACUAACUAGGAAGUUGUGAGUAAAAACUAUGAUUUUUUAUAUCUUAAUACAUGAAAUUUUAGGGCGAUGGUAUAAUUUGCAACAACGUGUUAUGUGGAGUAACGUCGUUCACCAGUUUUGAUUAUUUUUUCUAUUAUAUUUUCAAUUGUUGCCAAAGUUCUUAUUAUAUUUGUAUAAACUUGAUUAUACAAAUUGUGGAAUACUUUAAUGACAUUAUAAAACAAUUACAAUACAUUCAUAGAUAGUGAUGUAUUAAUAUAUAAGACUAUUACUACAAAAAUUUUAUCUCCAUUAUCGUAAGUCGCUACAAAAUGCACAACCGUUAACGAACAGAUAAAUCGUUGGUAUCAUUAAGUGUUUUUAAAAAUGCAGGGAAGUGCCAUUUAUGAUGAAAUAUUGCUUGAAGUUAAUAAUGAUGGGCAAUUUCAAAAAUAUUAUAAUUACAAGUACAAUAUUGUUUUUGUAGUUUUGGCCUCCAUGACAUAUUUUAGUUAUGUUUUAAUGUUGGCGGUUCCCGAUGUUUGGUGCGCACCUCCAGAAGUUUAUAAAUCCAAUUACACUGAUAAUGAAUGGAAAAUUAAACAUAUUCCGUGGAACUCAGAUAAAAAUAAAUACGAAUCCUGUUUGAUGUACGGUUUCAACAACACGACAAUAAGUUGUCAGAAUGGGUUUGAAUACGACACAACUUGGUUUGAAGAGACGAUACCCUCGAAGGAAAAUUGGGUAUGUGAAGACACCAUGAAGGUAACACAUGCAUUCGAAUUGAGUCGUGUGGGUGAAAUCUUGGGCACUUUUAUUUUUGGUUAUAUGGGAGACAAAUUUGGUAGGAGAUCAGUAUUCUAUAUUUCUUUAACCACGCUAUUACUCGGACGUCUAUCGAUGAUUAUUACUAGUGGUUACUAUCCAUUAUUCUUAAUAUCCUUAGUUGUUGGAAGCCUAUUUUCUAAUAAUGGAUUUCAAGCCAUUCUCAUUAUAGGGUUUGAAACUACGAAAGACGAAAAUAGAUCUCUAAUGUCCUUUGUACAAUGCACCUCAUGGACUGUGGGAAUAUGUAUGAUACCAUUAGUGUAUUGGUAUUUUAAACGCUGGAUUCCUGUUUUAAUAAUCCCAUCGGUACCUCUGAUUGGGUUUUAUUUUUUCCGAGGAUAUAUGAUUGAAUCUCCCAGAUGGUUAGCCAAUAAAGGUAAAAUCGACAGAGCUUUAAAGCAACUGAAGGAAAUACGUAAAAUAAAUAAAACUUCUCUAUCAUCGGAAUUGGUAUCAAAUCUUCGUAGCUUAAAAAAAAUAGACGAAGAGACCUCAUCUAGUCUACUUAACCUAUUUAAAAAUAAAACUAUUGCGAAAAUUACUAUUAUAUCAAUUUUCACUUGGGCUUGCUGUAACUUGGUAUAUGUUAUUUUGUAUUUAAAUGCCACAAACUUGCGGGGUAACCCCUACAUGAAUUUCUUCUGGCAGUGUUUGGCAGAAUUGCCAGGUUACGCUAUUGGGAAAUACGCUUCAGACUUUUUGGGUAGAAAACUGUCAAGAAUUUUUUCGUUCGCACUUAUAGGUGUUGGUUGUUUAUUAUCGACAGUAAUUGUUCUUGGUGAGAUAUAUCAAAGUGUUCAACGGUCAUUUCAAGAUGUUGUUUUAGACUCCCGGUUUACCCUUCUGGUCACAAUUAUAGCCAUAUUAAUGAAAGUUGCAAUAUGUACAUGUUACUACUGCGUUUCUCUGCAUACUCUAGAGAUUUAUCCUACUAACAUGAGGCAAAGCGGUUCGUCCAUUGGUUUUUUGGCUGGGAAUGCAGCUUCUAUACUUGCUCCUUCUGUAAUACACUUGGGCAUAACGAUGGAUGCUAGAAUACCAUAUGUUGUUAUUAUGUGCAUAAGUUUUGCUGCAGCAAUUUUCACAUUUGGGUUGCCUGAAACUCUCAAUAACAAAUUGCCUGAAACAAUUCAAGAAGUUGAAGAAAUUAUUAAGACACAGAAGUUUUAUACAUUUCGACAACUCAAAACGAAUGAAAUUUGUGAUAAUAAUUCUCAUUUAAAAAAUGAACUAUAGUAUAGUGAUGUAUUAGUAAUAUUUUUAGUAAGAAAAUAAUAUUACAUAGCCUGUUAUAAUCCACAAAAUUGUAUAUAGCAAUUUUUUAUUUAUUUUUAAAAUCAG